AUGUCGCACACACUGUUAGCACACUUGCAACAUGGGCUUAUCCGUCUCGCGACUAUCUCGCCACGCGUUCUAGCGAGUCCGCCUACGCAGCCGCGUCGUGCGAGUGUUGCGCUGAUUCUUCGUAUUCGCCCUGCCGCCGAAGACGAGGCGUGGCUUCGUGCCAAGUGGCGCCAAGGCGAGGCCAGUGAAGAGGAUGCACACCUCUUCCCUUCCAUGUCGCAGCAGGAUGCCAACGGUACUAUGACCACUGAGGCUCGUUUGCGUCAGUUUUUUGCGCUGCCAUGGGUCCAGCGUGGCACGCCAGAGGUGCUCUUCAUCAAGCGUGCUGUGCGUGAAGGUGACAACUGGUCGUCGCACGUUGCUUUCCCUGGUGGUCGUCGCGAUCCUGAAGAUGAAAGUGGCGUGUAUACGGCCAUGCGUGAGACGUGGGAAGAAGUGGGUAUCGAUUUGGCCGACAAGGAGUUUUUACAUGUCGGCCAUCUCGAGGACCGCGAGAUCACGAGCAGCCUCGGCAAACGCCUGCUCAUGAUCCUCAGUCCGUACGUGUUCAUGCAGCUGUCACCGUUCUCGCCGCUGCCGAACCUGCAGCCGACGGAAGUUUCGUCGCUGCACUGGGUGCCGCUGUCGCUGCUUUUCACGCCGACGCCCAAGUGGGGCACGCUUCAUAUUGAUAUUGCACGUCAUGCUCCUCGCAGCACCUUUGUGCGACUUCUCCUCCAAAUGCUGGUGGGCAAGAUGUCAUUCCGGUGCAUUGAGCUGGCCAACGCUCCUUCCGCGCUGCCUCUCCAGGAUGCCGCUCAGAUUCUGCCGGACGUGAAAGGCCCCGUUCCACCUGUGCGUGUGGAAGACGAUGAUACGCUUCAGCUCUCGCCUUCGCAGCAAGAGUACGUCGCAUCGCACACACCGCCUUUGCAGUUGUGGGGCUUGACGCUCGGUAUGACCCUUGAUUUUCUGUCGCAUAUGGCUACGUACAACAUGCAUGUACUUCCGAAAGAGCCGCCAGCUAUGAGCUCACUGAAGCGUUUUCUCUCUCAUACCCCCUCUGCAUGGCUACUUGGCUCGCCUCAGACGUCGGUGCUGGCGCAAAAGGCGCCCAGUACGUCGGAGGUCUUCCCACGCUUCACGUACCCUGACGUCAACUUUUGGAUUUGGAUGUUUGGCUGGCGAUACCGUGCUAUACACCGCCGCUGGCAGGAGAGUAUCGGUACCGAGUUGGAGCAUCAUGCGCAUUGGUCCGGUCUCGCGAUGGCCGCCUUCUACUCGUGCGUGCGUCGGGCCUUGGUGCUGACUAUGGUCCUGCGUGCCAUGGGUCUCGUUACCCUUGCCUCGCUGGGUACAUGGUUUACGCUACGCCGCUUUCGACGCGCACAUUUGUAG